GAGUGGGGUUUUGUUUCCUGGACUUGCUGACUUGCAACUAAAAAUAAAGGAAGGAUAAUAUACUUAGAUUUGUGGGUGUAUACCGUAUAGCACACAAGGUGUUUGAUAAAAGUUCCCAAAGGCUCUUCCAUUUCUUAUUUAUCUGCUGCAUCAUUUCUCUACUUUGCCGUUGGUUCUACGCUCCGUAUCCAUCCAGCUUCCAAUUCCAAUCCAAUAACAUUAGAGAAAUUCUCUUCUUUCUUCAUCACAUCAGUGACGUGAUUUCUACGCUUCAUUGAUUAAGAAAAACUAAUGGAUAUUCCGUUGCCGGUGGAUAAAUUAGCUUUGCAAUUGAUCAACAAUGAACCCCCUCCAAACACAACCAACAGUAAGAUAUAUGUUGUUCUUGUCGCUACGGGGAGCUUCAAUCCACCUACCUUCAUGCAUUUGCGAAUGUUCGAGCUUGCAAGAGAUGCACUGAAUUCAGAAGGUUACUGCGUAAUUGGAGCUUACAUGUCUCCUGUGAACGAUGCGUAUAAGAAAAAGAACCUAAUAUCUGCUGAACAUCGAAUGCAAUUAUGUAAUCUAGCUUGCAAAAGUUCAGAUUUUGUAAUGGUUGAUCCAUGGGAGGCAAAUCAAAGCACCUAUCAACGCACUUUAACCGUGCUGUCCAGAGUCCACAGUUCAAUAUGUGGGAAAGGAUUAAUAUCUAGAGGAACCCUCAAGGUCAUGCUUGUCUGUGGUUCUGAUCUGAUUCAUUCUUUUAGCAUUCCAGGAUUUUGGAUUCCUGACCAGGUUAAGAGUAUAUGCAGAGAUUAUGGAAUAGUCUGCAUUCGCAGAGAAGGACAAGAUGUUGAGAAGAUUAUAUCCGAUGAUGAAAUUUUGAAGGAGAAUCAGGCUAAUAUCAAAGUUGUGCAUGACCUUGUACCGAACCAAAUCAGUUCAACGAGAUUAAGGGACUGCAUUGCAAGAGGAUUAUCAAUAAAAUACCUGACAGCAGAUGAAGUGAUUGAUUAUAUCAGAGAUCAGAAAUUAUACUUAACCUUGGAUGAUAAAUAAUUAGUAGUGUUGUGAUAUGAUGAGGUUUAUUCACCUUAUAAUCUGUAAGAAUUGUGAUGUAACUAUGAGGCCAAUAUUCAAUAAUCAAUUACUAGAUGAAAAUCAAACUGCAUGCAAGUUACCAAUAUUACCUUAACUUGCGUUUAGCAUCUUCUUAAUCAUUCAAUUACCCUGUAUUUUGAAGAAUAAUUAGAGUCUUAGCUAACAAUAAUUCACUACAAUAGCCAUGAACACACAGUCAAAAGUUUUGCAUGUUCUUAUUCCAUAGUAGUUCUUACAAUUGCAUGGUUCUAUUCUACUACUUAACCAUUGCUUAGUUCUUCGACCAACUCAAAGGAACUUGUCACGAUUGAGGUAAGCAAGAGGAUCAAACUCACUCCCUCCAACAUUGUCACCACUAGUUGACCAAGCCCCACCACCCAACCUGAACCCACCACAAACCUUCCCAGUCCCCCUUGGGUCAUACUCACUCCUACACGCAAAGGAUGUUGGUGGAUAAGUCCACCAACACCCCCACACGUGUAGGGGUUGGUGGUGGAGCAACAUUCUUGUCACGGCGUUGAGGAGCAUCAGUGUAGUGUGCCUCAGCGCCAAUAUAGCGCACAUGGCUAAGAUGAGCCUUGAGAAGCUCGGCGUAGUUGUCGAAACCAAGGCUCGACAUGGCCCAUAUCAUGUCCUCAGCAGCAAGAGCCCUACGUUGCUCGGUGUCACAAUGCCCAUUUGCUUCGUAGGUAACUAUUCCUAUGAACUCACAAACGCAGC